AUGGCGCUCACUGAUUACUUUUCUCCAGUAGCCUUCUUCAUCCUGCUCAGAGAAAGUCUCGAAGCAGGAAUCAUCAUCGCGGUUCUUCUCGGCUUCAUCACUCAAAUCAUCCCCUCCAAACCACCACGUCGCCCAUCGCAGACCCUCCGCCCAUCUCGUCCUUCCACCCCCGAGCCCCGCCACUCUGCCGAGUCUGAUCUUUCCAACAACUCUGGCACUCAGCUCAUAUCAUCUACAAGUGAUAUCGGGAGUCGGUACGGCGCUUCUCGAAAUGCCAGCCCGUCGAGAUACUACGACGAGGAGCAUGACAAUGUGCAUGAAGAGGAGGUUGUCCUCGGCGGCGAUGUGGAUAGGCUGGCGAUCAUGAAGAAGAUGAGAGUCCAAAUUUGGAGUGGAGCGAUGCUUGGUGGAAGUGUUGCUAUCGGCAUCGGUGCCAUCUUCCUCUACGUCUUCUACCGAUACACCAGAGACCUCUGGCAAGACGCCGAAAACCUAUGGGAGGGCGGUUUCUGUCUCCUUGCCGCUUUCCUCAUCCUCGUCAUGUCCCUCGCCUUCCUUCGUCUCCCUCAUGCGCAGACCAAAUGGCGUCUCAAGCUUCUCAGUGCAUACCAGACCCAGUCUGGUGAAGAGGCCCCGUCUCCCCCACCUCACUACGGCAACGGCCUUCUUCACCCGCACCAUGCUCAUCGCCACAAGAAGCGAACGAAUAAGGCGAAUGCCAUCUUGUUUGGCCUUCCGUUCAUCACGGUUUUGCGAGAGGGUCUUGAAGGAAUCGUCUUCUUGGGCGGUAUUGGCCUCUCUGAGAAGCCUUCCUCUGUGUUUGGAGGUGGUCUCGCUGGCUUGAUCGUCGGUGCUCUCUGUGCCUACCUCUUGUUCUCUUCCACCUCCCCCCUCUCGGUGCACACUUUUACCGCAUUCUCUUCCCUACUCCUCUUCUACAUUGGCGCCGGUCUUUGCUCCCGAUCUGCUUAUGCGCUCGAGAGGCAAUACUUUAUCAACCAUGUUGGUGCUGCUGCUGCCGAGAGCGGCAAUGGACCAGGAAGCUAUAGGGUCAAGGGCAACAUUUGGCACUUGACCUGGUGGGACCCGGAACCCGGAAGCGGGGACAAUUGGGCCCAGGUUGCGCAGGCUGUGGUCGGAUGGAACAAUACUGGCAGUUGGUGGACAAUAUCAACGUAUAUCUUUUACUGGGUGGCUAUCACGGCAACACUCGUGUACAUGAAGUGGAAAGAGGGGCGAUGUGCCAUCCUCGGUAUCCUUUCCCCGCGUGGCAAGGAGCUCGAGAGGAGUAGACGGCAGAGGGGAGGGAUUGGGGAGGAUGACGAAGAGGUGCUGUUGGAUGACCGUUCCGAGAUUGGAGAGUAG